GGGACCUGGGGUUUAGUCUGGAGAGGAGGCGGCUGAGGGGGGGCCUCGUCACUCUGCUGGAAAGGAGGUUGUGGUGAGGUGGGCGCUGGGCUCUGCUCCGGGGUAGCAAGAGACAGGAUGAGAGGAAAUGGCCUGGAGUUGCACUGGCGAGGUUUAGAUGAGACAUCGGGAAAAAAUUCUUAUGGAAGGGGUUGUCGGGCACUGGAGUAGCUGCCUCCUAUAGGAAUAGGAGGUGGUGGAGUCCCCAUCCCUGGAGGGAUUUGAAAGCCGGGCAGAGAAGGUGCUUGGGGAUCGUUCAGUGGUGGACAGGGACGGUUGGACUCAAUGAUCUUAAAGGUGCUUUCCAACCAAGCAAUUCUGGGCUUUUAUGGUGGUGGUGCCAAUGUCACCUCUGCUCCCGGUGUCCUGGGCCCUGGUGCCCCCGGCCGGUCUGGCGUGGGUCGCAGCAGAGGGCGAGGCGUGUGCGGGCGCAGAGGGCAGCAGGGACAGCUGGAGGACUGGCACCGGCCCCUGGCGCCGAGCUGCUCGCGCACGCCUUGGCAGCCUGCCCGACGCCGGCGGCGCAGCCAGGGCCCAUGGCCGCGGCACCCCAGGUGGGCGAGGGGGGCUGGGGGCUGCGGGCCCGUGCCGGGGUGAGCUCACCCACGGCGUGGCUCUCCCCUGCCCAGGCUGCCGGCAGCCCCACCGCCUGCUACCAGGAGCUCAGCCGGUUCCCCACCAUCACGCGUGCCGCCCUCAGGGCCGCCGCAGGGGCACAGACCUUCCUGCUCUACACCGAGUGCAGCCGCCCCGACCCGCCUCGCCGACGGCCCCUGCGCUUCAGCCGCCACUACAGCCUGUGGCACACAGGUGACGGCUGCCUCGCGGCGUGCCCGGCAGCGCUCAGCGCCGAGAUCCACAACCAGCUCCUCAGCCAGGACUCGCCCACGGGGCGGCACCGCGCCGUGCUCAGCCGCUGCCCGCGGCAGGGCCACGAGCUGCUGGAGGUGUGGAGCAGCAGCGGGCGCAGCCACAGUGUGGACCUCACGGCGCUGGGGAAACACGGGGAGGUCUACACGGAGAGGCCCUUCGCCUGCCUGGCUUGGUCCCACUCGGAGACGCGGCUGCUCUAUGUGGCUGAGAAGAGCCGUCCCAAACCGCGGCCCCCGUGCCCCUGGGAUGUGCCGGGAACCGCCAUGCCGGUGGAGGAGGGGGAAGAGGAGGAGGAGGGCGAGCAGUUCGUGUACCACGAGGACUGGGGGGAGGCGCUGAGCGCCCGCAGCGUGCCCGUCCUCUGCGCCCUGGACCUGGAGGGCAGCCGCGUCUCGGUGCUGGAGGGCGUCCCGGAGCACCUCUCUCCCGGGCAGGCCCUGUGGUCGCCGGGUGACCGCGGCGUGGUGUUCGUGGGCUGGUGGCACGAGCCCUUCCGCCUGGGGCUGAGCGCCUGCUCCAACAGGAGGUCGGGCAUUUUCCACUUGGACCUGGGCAGCGGGCGCUGUGAGCUGCUGUCGGCCGAGCGCGCUGCCGCCUGCUCUCCCCGGCUCAGCCCCGACGGCCACCGCCUGCUCUACCUGGAGGGGGACCUGGGGGGUCCCCACCGGCAGUGUCUGCGCCUGCGCAUGCUCACCUGGCAGACGAGGCAGACGGUGACAGUGCUCGAUGUGGUGCAGGAGCCCACAGAGGGUGAGCGCGGCGCGGUGGGCAGGGCUGGGCGCUGCUGUGGGGUGGGACCCCGGUGCCGAGCGCCCACGACCCCAGCUCGCUGCAGCUGUGCCCCGCUCGCAGCCUUCGCCGGGAUCUAUGCAGAGGAGCUGCCGCCGCGGUGCUGGGCAGCCGACAGCCGGCGAGCGGUGCUGGGUACCCCACAGCGGAGCCGCACGGACCUGCUGCUCGUCGACACGGAGGCGGCCACUGUCACCAGCCUGACGGCAGGGUCGCCCGAAGGACACUGGGAGCUGCUCACCCUCCAGUGGGACCUGCUGGUGGCUGCCUGCUCAGCCCCACACCGGCCCCCCAGCCUGGUGGUGGCAGUUCUGCCACCGGCACGCCGGGAGCUGCCCCUCUGCUGGGUGCCGCUGGAGGAUGCCCCAACCGUGCCCGGCAUCACCUGGAAGACCUUGACGGUUGUGACUCCGUGCAGCGGGCAGAGCCCCCCUGCGCAUGGCACGCAGGCGUUCGAGGCGCUGCUGCUGAGCCCCCCGGCUGGCUCGGCACCGCACCCCCUCGUCGUGUGCCCCCACGGUGGCCCCCACGCCGUCUUCGAUGCCCGCUGGCGCCCGAGCAUGGCCGCAUUGUGCCGGCUGGGCUUCGCCGUGCUGCUGGUGAACUACCGCGGCUCCCUGGGCUUCGGCCAGGCCGGCAUCACCGCCCUGCUCGCCCACGUGGGCCAGCAGGACGUGGCAGACACCCAGCUGGCAGUGGAGCAGGCGCUGCGCAGUGAGCCCCUGGACCCGCACCGCUUGGCCCUGCUGGCUGGCUCACACGGAGCCUUCAUCGCCCUCCACCUCCUCGCCCGCGAGCCUGAGCGCUACCAAGCCUGCGCCCUGCGCAGCCCCGUCUCCAACCUGCCCGCGCUGCUGGGCACCUCCGACAUCCCCGACUGGCGCUACGUCUCCCUGGGGCUGCCCUACUCCUUCGAGCGGGUGCCGCGCGCCGAGGAGGUGGCUGCCAUGCUGCUGCGCUCGCCCAUCGCCCAGGCGGCGCGGGUAAGGCGGGGGCAGGAUGGGUGUGGGACGCGGGGCGGGUGCCAGCGCCCACCGACGGCUGUGCUGCAGGUGCGGACGCCGGUGCUGCUGUGCGUGGGCGCGCGGGAUCGCCGCGUCAGCCCCACGCAGGCGCUGGAGCUGUACCGGGUGCUGCGGGCCAGGGGGGUGCCGGCGCGGCUGCUCUGGUACCCCGAGGGUGGCCACGCGCUCGCCGGCACCGAGGCACAGGCCGACGUCUUCCGAAACUGUGCCCGCUGGUUCCUCCAGCACGUGGGGCAGCCCCGGUGUGCCGGGCGGGCUCCCAGCGCCCACGGUGGCCCUGGCGCUGCGGUGGGGCCACGGUGACCCACAGCCCUGGGGACCACCCCACCACCAGAGGAGGAUGGAGCGAGAGUCGCCAGGAGCAGGGGGAGGACAUAGCGUGUGGUUUGGCUCUAAAUAAACGCAUGA